AAUCUUCUUUUUGUAAACAUGUUGAUUUUGUACGGUCGACGGCCGCAAUGUUCCCGGAAACUCUCGCUUAUCAACGACACCAUUAAUUUCCACACGUGGAUCUGCGCAAUUACUCGUAAUUUUCGUUGCUCUGAUCCUUUCGACGAAAAUCGAGCAAGUCUGUGUUAAUUUUGCAAAUACGACGAUGAAUUAUGAAGAUAACAGUGAAUCAUGGGCAUGGAGCGAUCUUAAAAAACUGCCGAGACAAAGAGCGUCAUGAAAAUAGAACGAUAGAAUUUCCGAAUAUGGAUUCAUCGAUCACGGAAGUACCUACCUUCAGCGAUAGUACCUCGUUGAAGAUGUUGGAAGAUAUCACAGCCAAAGUUUGGAGAACCUUGCCUGUGAUUAGCAUACCUCGAAGUUGGAUACUUACUUAUUGCGUGAAAUACACUGAGAUUUCUGAAGAUGUUGAGAAAGCAACGAUACAAUGCCAAUACGACGGAACAGACUGGGAUUGCACGUUCAUCGAGUUGGGUGGAGGACAAAACGACUUUAACAUUGGAAAAAUUAUCUCAUUAUUUCACAAUCUUUCUAAUCGUGGAUUGAGAUUAAAACUGCUUCGUGCGGCCGAAAUUUGUGGGAAACUGUGGCAGGGCUACAAACAAAUUCAAGAUAAAAGAUUAAUUCGUAUGCGAUUGAACGUUCACGCGAAGAACAGAGAAAAAAGAUUUUCGAAAAGAAAUAGGAGUUUCCGAGGCUCGGGAACAAGAGAAAAGAAUUCAAGAAAGAAAAAGGUGGAGGAUCGUGACGAGGACGUAAAAAAAAGGAGACGAGCUGCCAAGAAAAUGCAAGCCAUUCGAAGGAACUUGUCAAAUAAGAUUACGGAACUUGAAACUAAAGAAACUUUAAAUCCAGAAGAAGAAACCGAGCUUAAUCGAUUGCGUUUAACAGCGGCGAGAAGACCUCCUGACAAUUUAGAAGAAUAUUCUCUAGCGAAUGAUCGAGCAGAAUUAUCUCGUCUUCAAGAAAUAGGUUUAUGCUUGACGCAACAGGCUGCAAAAGCUUGUGAAUCCACUGUACUCGAUGCAAUCCAAAAAUUAAUAUAAUAAAAUUUCUCGUAUUUUUCGACGAUACCUAUCAUGCAACUACAAUAAGCCUUAAAGCUUAGAUUACAGACGUUAUUUGCCUAUUCUCUGACCAUUUCUUUGCUAUAAUAAAGACAAGUAUACAUGUAAAUACAGUAAAGAUAAAAACGAAAAGAAUUGAAAAAGCACGACAGCGAUAAAUAUCUAUCAACAUAGUCAACAAAUAACGAAAGACUACAGACAUUCAUAUCACAUUUUAGUUGUAUUAAUUCGAUACUUGUAAACACGCAUAAUUAAAUAUAAUUUUUCUCUUUCAUACGCAUCAUCUUUGAAUUAAUACCAUUGCUUUUUGCUCUUCUGAUUCCAUAUAUAUUAUAUGUACGAUAAAUCUGGCUUCGUCGAUAUAUACAGCAAACAUUUGCCUCUAAAUUAAAACACUAGUCACAGAUCAGUUUAAUCUAAACUAAAUUUCUUAGAUGCGAGAUAAAAUAGUAAUACUACGCGUCUAAUAAACAAAGUAUAUUAUAUUUAUCUUAACGAUUGAGGAGUACCUAUCGCUAUACCAACAUUUUAUAGCUCUAAUAAUUGCUCGAAUGUGUAUUUUCAGUUCGACACGAGAGAUUCAUCUAUUAUCAUUCUACAUACGAAAUACUUAGCGAUGCUAUCUUACGUGUUUCUUUCCAUUUGAAUACUCAAAUACGUGCAAUCGGAUCACAAAUACGAUCAAACUGUAUCAACUGGGUUUUGGCGAAAAUUUUUUAUGAUCACAAGAGCGAUAUUCCAUCGGGUUGUGUAUAUUUACAAUUAUUGCCCUUUCUUCGUCAAUUUUUCAAACUUUAAAGAUAUUUUUACAAUGUUAAGAACGAUAUUAGCAAGCAUGAUUCUUUUAUACUGUCACACGCUAAACGACGACACCUCUGUAAUAUCAAAUGCGGUUAUGGCACAAGAUGCCAACACGGAUAUAUAUUUUGAUAAAUUAAAUAUCAGUCUGUUCGAAGUAUAUCCCGUAUUGAUUUCACCAAACUGGGUAAAAAUAUGAAAUCAUCGACAAAAGUCUCCGUACACCAAUAAAAAGUCAGAGUUUUUAUUAAAAUAAAGCUAUAAAAUAUCAUUGCAAAGUUAGUGGAUUCUACUUUAAGAGGAACUUCAAACAAGAAGAAUUCUUACUCGGCUAAGAGCUAUUUUAUAUUUUUGCUUCAUAUAAUAAUAAUAAAAAACCAAUAUUUCAAAUUACCUUCUAUUUUAAAAAAUUGUCUUUUUAUAAGAUGUACAAAGACUUUAUGUAACAUUGUCACUGAUUGUAUAAAUUCUUUAUUAAUAUGAAAUGCAUCAUACAUAUAUAAAAAUACAUAUAUGAUUCUUGUUAUAACGAAUGAAAUAUUUAUAAAUACAAGUACAGAUAUUACAAAUUUGUUUGAAAGAAACUUCGUUAUUAGAUAAAUUACACUCGCAUAUAAGCGACUGUAGCAAUUACCCCUGUAUGUUUUCAAAAAUCAUUGAAAACGAGUCGAUGAAAUCCGUUGUAUCCAUAAUACGAAAUGAUACAAUAGACGAUGUCAUCGAAAUGUAGAGAACCCGUUUUGGAUAAAGUAAGAUUACUCUUAUUUAACACGAAAGAAAAAUGAAGGUAAUAUUAGUGUGGAUCACAGCAUCGGAAUAAUUGAACAUUGGAAGAGAAAUAUUAAUAUCUUUUUGUAAAAAAAUUGUUUAUUAAGAAAUAGAACUUUAAUAUAUUUCUCAAAUAUAACAAUUAUAUAUUCAGAACAGUGUUUUUAUAGGAAUCCCUGAUACUAAUAUCUUCUACACUUUACGCAAAAUUAUAUAAUUCGUAGGUAUUUGUGUCCCCUGUUGUACAAAUUGAUUUCGCAGCACCAUGGUUUCAUAACACUUAAUACAUAUUAUUAAAAAUAUAAUACUGUAUGCUACAUGUUUUAUCAACACAGACGUAUUAUAUCUAUAAUACAUAAUAGCGUCUUACUGAGGAACUUAAUUGAUAUUAGUAAGAUAAAAGAUUAGUAAGAUAUUUAGAAAAGGAAGAAGUUAACAUUAAAUAUCGAUAAAUCAAAGAUUCUUCUUUCCGGAAAAGGAGGCGGUAAAAGUAAGAAGAGAAAAUGGAAAUGGAAAGGAAAAGAAUUGGAGCAGAUAAUACAAUAUCUUAAAUAUUUAGCAUAUAUUUUUAGUAAAAGCGAGAAAAAUACAGAGCAGUUGAAAGGGUUGAUAAAGAAAGGUAAUCUGGCAUUAAGGCAAAUGUGUGGAAUUGGAGUUUAUUUGACUUAUUGGAAAUAAAUUUAUUUGACAGUUUAGUAAACAAUGUGAUAUCGUGCGGAACAGAAAUCUGGAGAUGGGAGAGAAGAAAUGAAUUAAAUAGAAUAUAUAAUAAUUACAUAUAAUCGUUAAGAGAGAAAAAGAAAGA